AUGAAGUCCGGCCGGAAGAGGGAGAGGCCCAGUGAGUCCAUGUCCUUGGGCCCCAGAGCUCCAGCAUCCAGCAGAACGUGCCAGUUGUUCUGCUGUGCCAUGGCCAUCCACUGGUACGAGUACUUGGCCCCGGUGACCCUCGACUGCACAGGGAAGACGAAAAGGCCCACGGCGGAGUCUCUCUUCCGCCUCUUCUUCUUGCCCCUGGCGAUCUGCUUCCGGAGCUCCAUGGAGCAGAGCUUCAGCGUGGGCCACCUGAACCAGGCGCUGGAGACCUUGGCCCCCUUCUCCUUCGCCCGCUGGGCCAUCCAGUUCACCGACUGGCUCUCGUGGUCGAACAUGGUGA